AUGUACAUACGUCAUACCCAGCAAUUUGUCCGAGCAACCACUGGAACUCAUUCAUCUGCCUGUCAGUUAGUAUCUUUCUACUGCGACGCGGAUGAACAGCUCUUCUUGUGAAAAAUUUGUUAUUAGUGUAUGAUACUAGUAUAUUUUACGUAUUGAGUGACACAUCAUCUCGGAGGCGUUGAGCGAUAAUGUGGUACACAGAGAAAAUUCUUAUCUUUAUAUGGCUGUUAUAUGUCCGGCCGAUAACAAUGACAAACGAUAUCGUAGAUAGACAUAAUAAUUGUCAACUGUCAAACACCUUAAUCGAAGAGAUAGAUUCUUACGCACCAUUAGUCCAGAGAAUAAUCAACGAAACUCUGGAAGGUUCUUUCAAAGGGACUACAUGGCAAGAUCUGGCGACGUUUGUUGAUAAAUUCGGCCCAAGAUUCACCGGUACACAAGUCCUUGAGGACUCUAUCGAUUACGUAUUAAACAAAUCCGCCAGCUUGGGCUUAGAGAAUGUUCACGGCGAAACGGUUACUGUACCGCGUUGGGUCAGAGGAUCAGAAUCCGCAACUCUCUUGCAACCUCGACAAAAAGAUCUGGCGUUAUUGGGACUGGGUUACAGCGUUGGCACUCCGAAGGAAGGUAUAACUGCUAACGCCGUUGUAGUGAACAGCUUCGCGGAACUUAAGAAAAGGGCAAAGGAGAUCCCAGGGAAGAUCGUUGUGUACAAUCAGAAAUUUAUCUCAUACGGAGAGACGGUGGAGUACAGAAGCGCGGGGGCUACGAGAGCGGCAGAAUUAGGAGCCGUGGCCACUUUGAUCAGAUCAGUAACGCCGUUUUCGCUGUACACUCCGCACACCGGCAUGAUGACUUACGGGGAGAACGUCACUAAAAUCCCAGCCGCCUGCAUAACUGCCGAAGAUGCAAGUCUCCUACGAAGAAUGGCGGAUAGGGGAGAGACGAUACUGAUCAAUCUGAAAAUGGAGGCGGCAAGAUAUCCUGAUACCCAAUCGAGAAACGUCAUAGCGGAUAUUACCGGAUUUAGCGAGCCUGAAAAAACAGUCGUCGUUUCUGGACACAUAGACAGUUGGGAUGUCGGACAAGGUGCGAUGGAUGACGGAGGUGGUGCCUUCAUAUCCUGGAACGCGUUAAAGUUAUUGAAGCAACUCAACAUGCGGGCGCGCCGAACAAUAAGAACAAUAAUGUGGACCUCUGAGGAACUCGGCAUGAUCGGAGCUCGUCAGUAUAUACAGAGACACGCGGCGGAGAAUGGCAAUUUGCAAUUCGUAAUGGAAUCCGAUCUUGGCACAUUCAUGCCUCUGGGCCUUGAAGUUACCGGAGGGGAGUUGGUGCAGUGCAUACUUCAGAGAAUGAUGCGAUUGUUAACUCCAUUAGGCGACAUGCAAUUAAGACAGCCUUGUCAAGGACCUGAUAUACAAUUCUGGGUAAAAGCUGGAGUACCGGGAGGCAGUCUUUGGACGAGAAAUGAAAAGUAUUUCUAUUAUCACCAUACGAACGCAGACACCAUGCUGGUGGAAAAUCCGAAAGCCUUGGAUAUGAACACAGCUAUAUUUGCAGCGGUAUCGUUCGUUCUGGCAGACAUUAGCGUUGAUUUACCUCGACACAAUUACACUAACCAGGUGCCUUAAUAAAAGCGACUUAAUAAUACAUAGUUGAUAUUAAUCGAUAUUGAAAUAAACCGUAAUGGCUCCGUGCGUUCGUAGAACCGUCUUUAUUUCAAAUAUAGUUAUGUAUACAUUCACAGCAUGUAAACGAUUAGGCCUACAGUAAUAUCUAAUCUAAAUCUCUUCAAAAGCAUUAUAGAAAUACAAGUAUUCAACGAACUGGAUUUUACAAGCCA